AAAGAGAAUCUGAGAUAGAAUUAUCAUUAAAAAGAAAAAAAUGAUGCUGAAAACUGGAAAAAGCCAGGACAAGAAACGCAGCCACAAAAGAAAAGCCAUGCCUUUGUGGCGCAUGCAUGCACUCAUUUAACUCUGGUAUCACUUUUCACUGUUUUCUCAUCUGAGUCCCACCACCUCAAAAAUCCCAAUCCACUUCUCUAUAAUUUUCAUCCUCAAAUAACACUCGUUUGAUGGUUGCCCCCACUGUCUUCCUCCUCCUUGUUGCCGAAACUUAGUUUCCAUGCGUUUUCCUUUUCAAAGGCAUUAGUGGAACUUCCUGCUAUCCAAACUGACACACUCAAAGACAAAGACACAGAGAGAGAGAUGGUGAAAAAAACAGAGACAAAGACAUUGAUAUUAGAUAAAGAGUGAAAACAAUACAUCACCUACUACUAUUACCCCAAAAAAAAAAAAAAAUUACACCACCUACUUCUACCCUACUAUUCCUACCCCACCACCAUCACUUUCACCUUCUUCUUCAUCUUCUUCUUAUUUUGCCUUGUUUUACGCUUCCAUCAACCAUUCCGCGAUGUUUCUCUCUCUGUGUUUUUGAAUAUGUUGGCUACUGAGACUCCUUCCCGUAAUGGCGUACACCCUGAAGAGAGCCACCGUUGUCGCUCUUCUGUCACUGGAUCAUGCAGUGACUUGUCACAACCCCGGUACUCCGACGACCAGCCUUGUCGCUCGCCCUCCGGCUCCACUGCAAAAGGGUCUCAUUUUCCUGGCGACAUUAAGGGUGUGUCAGAACUUCAAAGGCUCUCGCUUGCUUCUUCAGAGGUGGAUUUGGAAAAUGGGGUUUCAGCGUUUAAGGUGGGUGUAGAAAAGCGUGAAAGAGACUGCAGAAUUUGUCACUUGGGUUUGGAGGUAGAGGAUGGUGGGAGAGACAGUGGGGUUCCAAUGGAAUUGGGUUGCUCAUGUAAAGGUGAUUUAGGGGCUGCUCAUAAGCAAUGUGCUGAGACUUGGUUCAAGAUCAAGGGUGAUACAACCUGUGAGAUAUGUGGUGUCACCGCACUCAACAUUACAGAUGAGCAGACAAACGUGGCAAAUGGCGGUGGUGCCACCACCAUUACCCCAUCAGCAGCACCAGCAGCACCUGUGAUUCUGGUGGAGACCGUCUGGCAUGGCCGCCGCAUAAUGAAUUUCCUGUUUGCUUGCAUGGUCUUUGCCUUUGUCAUUUCUUGGCUUUUUCACUUCAAAGUACUCUAACCAAUCCAUCAUUUUAUCAAAGCCAAAAAAAGAAAAAGAGAGCAUUUUAAUGUGAGGGUAAGUGGCAUUCCCAUGCUCUUGGUGCUUCUAUCGCCUUUUUGAAGGCAUGCCUACUUGCUUUGUACAUUAUUCCUGCUCAGAGUUAAAUCCCCAUGCCAUUAUGCUAGAAUUCAUAAUUUUAUUUUUUUUGGCUAAGUUGGUCUUUGAUUCCAUGAUAUAAGAAUGUGACAAGGUAUAUAAUGUAUUGUUCCAUAUCAGGAAAUAAUGCAAAUAUGGUUAGUCCAAUAGAUUUCACCGAAAAGGGAAAAAAAAAAAAAAAAGUAUUGGUCCAAUAGGCAUAGCAGAGUUCGUUACCUAUUUCCAAGUCUCUCUACGCAGAGUUUAUGUUGAGGAAUUCUAUGCAAUUUGUUAGCAUAUUCAUAAUAGUCAGUACGUUAUUUUAAGAGUUCAAUUAAAUAAUUUCUGUGCUAUUUGCACGGAAGUUUCUGAAAUUUCAAAGUUGGAGGAGUCCUAAUUAAGCACGAGCCAAAUCUUCCAAGCGACAAUGUAAAUAAGUAAGAUCAUUCAUAUAAAAAAACACUAGGAUAAAAAGAUACCCAUCUUUUAAAAUUCUGUAAAGAUUUAAAAGAAACAUGAAGUUCAAUUAAAGAGAAUAUAGGAAAGAAUAGAAGAACGACAUCCUGGAAAAGGUAUGUAUCUCCGAAAUUACAUUUUGUUCGUUUCCCACGAAUACACUAACAAAUCUCUAAGUGCCAACAAUUUCAAAUUUUCUAUAUUUCAUCAGCCAAAAUUGAUAACAGCAUACAAAAGGGGGCGCACAACAUUAUAAAAUGAAAUCCUCUAGCCAAAAAAAAAAAAAAUUGUAAAAUGAAAUCUUUGAUUUUUUUUUUUUU